GUUCAUUUCCAUGUCCAGUUAGCUAUACUUUAAUCAAGUGGGUUUUUCCAAAUUUAAGCAAUUCUUAGCCCCUAAGCCUAAUCACAUUGACUCAUUCUUUCACUUGAAGAAAUGAAGGACAACGGUAGGAGGCAUGGUGCAAUGUCACCAUGCGCAGCAUGCAAACUUUUACGAAGGAGAUGUGCACAGGAUUGUGUGUUUGCUCCUUAUUUCCCUGCAGAUGAGCCCCAGAAGUUCGCCAGUGUCCACAAGGUUUUUGGGGCUAGCAAUGUCAACAAAAUGUUACAGGAAUUGCCAGAGAACCAACGAAGCGAUGCAGUUAGCUCAAUGGUAUAUGAAGCAAAUGCAAGGAUGAGGGAUCCUGUGUAUGGAUGUGUGGGAGCCAUAUCCUCUCUUCAGCAACAGGUUGAUGCGUUACAAAGCCAAUUGGCACUUACACAAGCAGAGGUUGUGCACAUGAGAAUGCGCCAAGUGUCACCUUCAUCUGAUCAGCACAAACUGGUGCCUGCAACCUCCAAUUCAUCCUCAGAGAAUUUAUCCCCUACAAGCAGGCUCACCAAGUCCCUUUUCGCCAUGGACAUGGUCGUUGAUCAAGCAAGCAUGGGAGAGUCCUUGUGGUCAUGUUAG